AUGAAAAAUAAACGGGAUUUGAAGCUCUUACUUCAUCCAUACUUUAUCGUCAAUAUGCUACUCAGCGUUCUGUUUUUUGUAUCUAAAACUGUUCCAGUAUUUUGUACAUGGAUGUAUGAAGAUUGCUAUAUUAAUCUACAAGAAUAUGAAAUGUUAAUAUUCUUAGGAAGCUUUGUCGCAUUGCGUAACAAACGUCAGUUCUCUAUUCCUGAUUACCUUGCUCAUUUUUACAUGUUUGCUAAACUUGUUAGUCUACUUAUGUUCUGGAAACAAAAUGUUGUAUAUGCCAUUCUGUAUGGUGUUUUAUGGUUAGUUCAAGCCUGUUUUUUACAACAACCUGUUUAUAAUGGACCCGAUAAAGUUUUAUAUUUGCGAGAUACAACCUUUGAACAAGAAGUUAUUCGUGGUAACCCGAAAGUGACAUGGCUUGUUGCUUUUUAUACUGUGUGGUCACCUGCAUGUACUAAACUACAACCUAUUUUUGCAGAAUUGUCGGAAGAAUUUGGAACGGAUCUCAUGAAGUUUGGCAAAAUCGAUGUAAUAAGAUAUCCAGAUAUCAGCGUCAAAUAUAAUAUUGACACAUCCUCCUGGUCUAAACAGCUUCCUACUCUUAUUUUAUUUCGUCAAGGUCGUGAACUGACACGGAGACCAGCUAUAAUUAAUGCCCCUAAGAAAACCAUACAGAAAUUCACAUUCACUUGGGACAAUAUGAUUAAUGCAUUUUCAUUGAAUGAAAUAUACACUAACCAGAGACAAGCUACUGGUACUGUAAAUCAGUGUGGUCUAACUAGUUCAACGGAUAAAGAUAAAAACCUAUGA